AUGGGUAACCUUGACCAAUCACAAGUUACUAAUAUUGGAAGGACAUGGCCCAUCCAAGACACAGAACCAGGAGCUGCAAGGGAUUAUGGGAUAGAAGCUGAAAAGUCUGAUGGGAAACCAUUGGCCAGCAAUGGUGAAAAGCUGGUGCCCCCUCCACGGCUAAAGCGGCUCGCCUCCCGGACGGGUGGUGAGCGCCCCCUGCAGCGCACCCUCUCCACAGGGAGCCAGCAGGGGCCUGUAGCCCCACCGCGGCCCCAUGCAGGCAAGUCCACUUUCGCUCAUGUGCGAGACGCAGACCUGGUAAAGAAGCGCCGUUCGCGGCUCAAGAGCGAGUCCUCUCUGUCAAUGGACGAAACGGAUGUCGGUGGCCCUUCAGAGGAACCCACCAAAAGGCCGGCUGUGGAUGAUAGCCCUGAUGAGAGUUUGAGACUCAGACACGGCUCUGCAAAGGCACAGCAAAAUACAGCUCCUUCCAGCACUACUUCCCAGAACCCGAUCCAGGACUCCAGCCUCAAGAACAGCACCAAUGAAGAGGAGGUUCCGAAGUUCCAGGAUACCAGCCAGUACGUGGUAGCUGAACUACGGGCCUUGGAGACGGAACAGAGGCAAAUUGAUGGAUGGGCAGCCAUCGUGGAGAAGGAACUAAGAGGACUCAUGGAAUCAGGUGCUGACAAAGUGAAGGAAGAGGAGCUGAUCCAGGAAUGGUUCACGCUAGUAAAUAAGAAGAAUGCCCUGAUCCGGCGGCAGGACCAACUGCAGCUUCUGAUGGAAGAACAAGACCUGGAACGGCGAUUCGAACUCCUCAGCCGUGAACUGAGAGCAAUGAUGGCCAUUGAAGACUGGCUCAAAACAGAAGCUCAACAGCAGCGUGAACAGCUCCUCCUGGAAGAGUUGGUGUCCCUGGUGAACCAGAGGGAUGAACUGGUGAGAGACCUGGACAUCAAAGAAAGGAUUGCUCUAGGACUUCCGGUUCUCUUUCAAGCUGUUCAGUUGAAACCUUUCAGCUCAUACUACAAAGAGUAA